GAAAUCACGAUAUUGUACAUACGUAUACGAACAAAAAGUGAAAGUAUAAACCAAACUUUAAUUUCAAAUAAUUUUAAAUAUUUUUUAAACAUUGUCUUAAACAUGCGUCUUAAACAAGUUUGGUUAUAAUAGUGGUGGUUGUAGUAACAGUAGUAUGGAACAGUACGAUGGUGAUGGUGGUAGUGGUGCCUAAUACUCUUUUCAGCCCUCGGCCGACAGUUCAACGCAGCCUGUAGUGUUCGACGGUCGUACGUCUAUCCAGUCGGACAAAAUUUUAUAACUACUUUACGUUUUUCAUUCUCUCUUAUUCACAUUUUAUCAACAAUGCAACAAUUUAUAAACUUUUAAACUCUUAAAUCGAGAAAAACAGAUAUUUUCUUUCAUCUUUCUCUUUAUUCUUCCUUUUCAUUUUUAUCUCUAGGAAUAUAAAUAUAAUGCAGGUGAUUCGUUGAAUGUGAUUGAAAUUAUUUUGUGCCAGUGAAUUUGAACAUGAUACUUCGAAAGAUUCGAUCGAGAAAAACGGAUUUUCAAUAAUGGAUUGUUCGAGUAUUCAAUGGGGUGAAAUAAUGCAGAAUCAAGCGAGAGCGGUAUCCAUGUAAAAGCAUCGAGGUCCCGACGAUUAUCGAAGAUGUCGAAGAAGAGGGCUUAGCAUGAACCACGCCGCUACAUUUAGAGUGUUGAUACUGAUCCUGAUCCUCGGUGAUCUCGAAUCGGUCACAGUGGUGAACCAUCAUCCGGACGAGGAAUAUUUCCUUGAGCAUGAAGUCCUCUACGAGGAGGCAAUUAACGAGGCGAAAAAGUUGCAGCUCUAUCCCGGACCAAUCCCAGGAUGCAAGCCUUGCACGAAUACAGAGAUGACUUACUGCAAAGAUGAAAGUGUGAUAAAUGAUCAUUGUUGUUGCGAUGGCAGUGUUAACGAGGUAUUUCCCUUCGUGACGCACACUUGUCGUGUCGGGCCCGAGGAAUGCAAAGUGCAAGCUGGAGAUUGUGCUGAAUACGCGAGGUUACGGGAAUGUUGUUGUCAUUCUUACUUAGCUUCUAUUUGGAAAUAUUUAGCAAAUGCAGCAGGAUCAUCAACGAAUAUAAAUCUUAUAAAGUUCCUGGCGAUAUUAACGGUGCUCAGGUUGCUCUUUCAGCCGGCCUAAUUAAUAAUACACGUUUAAUACCAAAUAUUUUAUAUAUACAUAAAAGUUUUAUUUUAAUAAAUUAUUUUUUCAUCGUACAAGAAA